AUGUCUGCUGCGAGUGGUGAUUCUGACGAAUCUUCGCCCGAGGACACGAGACGGGGGUUGGCCUCGCGUACUGGUGCAGCGUCUAUGCCCUUGAGGCGUCGUCGAGGCAUUGUCUUUGGGGCGACCAGACGUAGCAAGCGUCGGGCCAACAGACUCUCAGCUCUCGUAGGGGUCAGGCGGGAGUGUGGUAGUCGACGCAGCGGUGCCAAUGGUUCGCUGUCCGGAAGCGGUGUUGCGCCCAAAAGUCGCGGCCGACCACCAUUGCGCAACCAAGGCAAUAGGCAGCAACACCAUCAGCUCAUUCGCAUGUGA